UUGCUUGUAGACUCAAGAACUCGUUUGUAGAAGCAAACAUUUAUUUCGUUUAAAUUAGUACGUAACUAGUAUACUGUGAAUUCGCUGCAUCAAGUUCUCUCUGUGCAACAAUGGAUCCCCUCUCCGUCCUCCGGGAUUACGCCAUCCGCAACGACCUCGACAGCAUCGUCCGCGUCAACGACGACUUCCGCUUCGGCUCCGACUACUCCUUCCCCGCCGCCACCCCCACCGCCUACCGCUCCAAAAUAGGCCACCUCUUCACCCUCGAAACCCUAAUCCACUUCCUCAAGCACAGCCACCUCAAAUUCACCGACUACAUGAAGAACAUCAAGCCGCUCGCCAUCCCCUUCAUCUCCUACCUCGACCGCAAGCCCCUCCUCGACUACCUCCUCGGCCCCGUCUCCCCCUACUCCUCCGACGCCGUCCAAUUCGCCAGCCCUAACUUCUCCACCUCCGCCGCCGAGUCCUCCGGGACAGCUUCGAGGCCGUUCGAUCCCUCUCAUGGCGUAGAGGAUCUCAUGGAGUGGUCCACAAACGAUAAUGUGACCACUUCCUCCUCUUCAAAAGAACAGCAAGUGGAUUCGAUCAACUCCAAAUUCGACGAGAUCGCUUUGACGCCGUUCGAUGAGAUGAUGACUUUGAGGCCGUUCAAUCUGUCCGACGUCGAAGAUCUGAUGGAGUGGACCACGGACGAUAACGUGACCCGCUUCUGCCUUUUCGAAACGUACACUUCGAAAGAACAGGCAGUGGAUUUCAUUACCAACAUAGCGAUUCCUCAUCCAUGGCUGAGAGCAAUAUGCCUGAAAAACAGGGCAAUUGGGUCAAUUUCAGUGGCACCAGGUUCAGGAAUUGGCGCGGGGAGGGGCGAAAUCGGGUACGCCCUAGCAUCAAAGCAUUGGGGCAAAGGGAUUGUCACGAGGGCGGUGGAAAUGGCGGUUUCGAGCGUGUUUUCGGAGUUGCCACAUCUGGUGAGGCUGGAAGCUUUGGUCGAUGCGGAGAACUUGGGGUCUCAGAGGGUGAUGGAAAAAGCUGGGUUUCAAAGGGAGGGUGUGUUGAGGAAGUAUGCUUUUAUUAAGGGGAGGUAUAGAGAUUUGGUGACGUUUAGUCUUGUCCGCUUCGACGUUCCUUAAUUUUUGAAUAGUGGUUGAGACCUAAAAGUACUUAUUUCACAUGAAAGUGUUCGGAACUGUGUUUGGCAACUCGGCAUCAUAGACUCGCGGUGACACUAAUGCAGGAUCAUGGAUAUAGUUCGAUAAUAUUUUUCUGGGUAUGACAUUACGAAGUAUAUAAGCUAAUUUUGGAUGAA